AUGUUGUACUCUUCACUUGCUCUGACCCUUUUGGCUUCGGCCACGGGUGUGCAGGCCGGCUCACUCAAGGACAUUAAGCACAUUAUUCUCUUUAUGCAGGAGAAUAGAUCUUUUGACCACGCAAGUCCUACUCAAAUCAUAUUCUUCUCUUACUUUGGCACCAUGGCUGGUGUUCGCAACUUUGCCGACCCCAACGUCAAGAAGAAUGACGGUGUUCCCGUCACGAAGCAGCCCAUCAAAGGUACAAAAAAUGGUGUCAGCACUCUGUCUCCAUGGCACAUCAACUACCUCGGGGGUGACUGGAAGGAAGCUACUCAGUGCAUGACGGGCGGCUCAAACGGCUGGGACGCCAUGCACGGUGCCUGGAACAACGGCCGCGGCGACGGCUGGGUUACGUCUGAUACCGACUACAACAUGGGCUACUACAAGCGCGAGGAUGUGCCCACGCAUUUUGACAUUGCCGAGGGAUGGACCGUCAUGGACAACUCUCACCAGAGCAUCCUCGGAGUCACGGACCCGAACCGCAUCACCUGGAUGAGCGGCACCGUCAAUACCAAGGGGUCCCCCACCAACCCCGACGGCAGCGGCGGCAACAUUCUCUCCAACCGUGCCAGUCCGGGCUGCGACUCGCCCGGCAACAACUGCUUCCCUUUUACCUGGAAGACGAUGCCCGAGUACCUCGAAGAGGCGGGCAUCUCGUGGCGCGUCUGGCAGGACUUUGACAACUUUGAGGACAAUAUGCUGGCCUACUUUAAGCAGUAUCAAAACACACCACAGGGCGGUGCCCUGCGCGAAAAGGGCAUUUCCUUUCCGGGCCUUGAUGCCUUUUACGACGCGUGCGCCAAGGGCACUCUGCCUCAGGUCAGCUGGAUCAUUGGCGGCUCGGAGCAGAGUGAACACCCUCCCAACAUGCCCAUUGACGGCGCCUGGCUUCAGCGCAAUGUCGUCCAGGCUGUCAUCAACAGCCCUCUCUACAGCUCUAGCGCGCUUGUCGUCAGCUACGACGAGCAAGGUGGCUGGGCCGAUCAUGUCAUUCCUCCUGUUGCUCCUCGCGAUGCGGCUGGUGAAUGGAUCACCGACCCUUUUGAUGCUGGACGCGGCGUUGUCCCCAUUGGCCCUGGUCCUCGUAUUCCCCGCUACAUUGUCUCUCCCUGGACCCGUGGCGGCAACGUAUUUGCCGAGACUGGCGAUCACACUUCUGAUCUCAUGUUCAUCGAGGCCUGGGCUCAGGCGAACGGGUACGACGUCAAGAAUGAGGGCAUCACGCCCUGGCGUCGGGCCCACAUGACCAACAUGGUCAACGCCUUUGACUUUAACAAGCCAGACUACUCUCGGCCCAGCAUCACCCCUGUGCGCACCCCCGAGGCGCUCGACUACGACAACUGGAGCGGCAACCUCACCCUCGGCUCCCUGACGGGACCCUGGGUCGGCGCCUCCAAAUGCACCAGCGGCUACAGCCACGGCAACCACCCCGCGGUCCCCUACGGCCAGAAAAACGCCGACGAGGACAUGAAGAAUCUCGUAGAGGAAGGCCACAAGGAGAUUCGCGGCGCCAUCACCGAGGGCCGCUACAUUACCAUUGAGAGCGGCGGUCUCGGUCUCGGCCGCACCAAGGACGGCAAGGUCGUCGGCAUCGCCGCCGCCGACAAGCACGACGACUCUGCGCAGCGCUGGAUCAUUACCAACUCGGACGGCGACCGCUUUGGCAAAUCGUUUUACAUUCAGUCCGCCGACGAGGACCGCAGCUUCAUCACAUCCAAGGGCACUCUGUCCAAGGACCAGGACCAGGCGCAGGCAUUCAUUUUUGAGUAUGAGCCCGAGAGCGCCACCCACACCCUGCGUAGGGCUGGAUCUGACUCCAGCAGCGGCAAGUAUGUCAGCCUCUCCAAGCGCGCCCAGAAGAAGAUGAAGAAGAGGCGUGGCGACAUAAAGUGCCGCGACGUUGGCGACGUCAACUUUGACGGCGCCAAGACGUCGUAUAAGAUUUACGGUGUCAAUUACCGCUCAUAA